AUGGAGCUGGCGGAGCCGCACCUGCUGGACGCGCUGGCCUACCUGGAGGGCUUCUUCGGUCUCCUGGGCUUCGUGGUCCUGCAGUGGGUGGGCUCGCCCUACGGCCGCUACUCGCCGCAGUGGUCCGGGCCCCGGGUGCCCGCGCGGGCCGCCUGGCUCCUGCAGGAGCUGCCGUCGCUGGCCUGGCCGCUGUACGAGUGCGCCCGCGCGCGCGCCCUGCGCCUCGCCAGCUGGCCCAACCGCAUCCUCCUGGCCAUGUUUGUGCUGCACUACAUACACAGGACCUUGAUUUUCCCAUUACUCAUCCGAGGAGGGAAGCCGACACUGCUGUUCUCCUAUGUGUUGGCGUUCAUCUUCUGUACCUAUAAUGGCUACUUGCAGAGCCGGUACCUCAGCCAGUACGCAGUAUAUCCUGAGCCCUGGGUGACCCACCCCUGGUUUCUAGCAGGUUUUGUCUUGUGGUUAUUGGGCAUGGUGAUAAACAUCCACUCAGACCAUAUCCUGAGGAAUCUCAGAAAACCAGGGGAGACUGGAUAUAAAAUACCCAGGGGAGGCUUGUUUGAAUAUGUCACUGCAGCCAAUUAUUUUGGGGAAGUCAUAGAGUGGAGCGGCUUUGCACUGGCCAGCUGGUCUCUCCAAGGCGGGGUGUUUGCUCUCUUCACAUUUUGUAUUCUAAUCACCAGAGCAAAACAGCAUCACCAGUGGUACCUGGAGAAGUUUGAAGAUUACCCGAAGUCUAGAAAAAUCAUGAUUCCCUUUCUGUAUUAGGUUGACUGUGGGCAAGAUGGCCUUCAGCUGGGAGCUGUGUGGGGCACCCCCCUACUUCCCUCACCCCCUUCUCUGCCC